AUGGAAGAUGUCAGUGAUCCACCCUUCCGUGCUCUUUGCAAGGAGAACGGUGCCGAUGUAAUGUAUACCGAGUUCAUCUCUUCCGAAGGACUCAUCCGUGAUGCUGCCAAAAGUGUUCAGAAGCUGGAUAUUUUUGAAUAUGAGCGCCCGGUAGGUAUACAGAUCUUUGGUAAUGAAAUUUCAUCUAUGCGGGAAGCAGCAGCUAUUACUGAAGAAGCCAAUCCUGAUAUUAUUGAUAUUAAUUACGGUUGCCCUGUAAAGAACGUAGCCUGCAAGGGAGCCGGAGCCGGUAUUUUACAGGAUAUUCCCAAAAUGGUUUCCAUGACCAGCGAAAUAGUAAAAGCUGUGAAUAAGCCGGUUACCGUUAAAACGCGCCUGGGUUGGGACGAUAAUACAAAAUAUAUAGUUGAUGUGGCUGAGCGCCUUCAGGAUGUGGGUAUAAAGGCGAUCUCUAUCCACGGCCGUACCCGUAAACAAAUGUAUAAAGGCCAGGCUGACUGGAGCCUUAUUGCCGAAGUAAAAAACAACCCCCGUAUUCAUAUCCCGGUAUUUGGAAAUGGAGAUGUGGAUACACCGGAGAAAGCACUGGAGAUGAAAAACCGGUAUGGCGUGGACGGUAUUAUGAUUGGCCGCGCCAGUAUAGGCUACCCCUGGAUAUUUAAUGAAAUAAAACACUUUUUUGCCACCGGUGAAAAACUAGGCCCUCCUUCAAUGGCGGAGCGGGUAAAUGCCUGCCGAAAGCACUUGAAAAUGGCUCUUGAAUGGAAAGGUGAAAAGCUGGGUAUAUUUGAAACCCGCAGGCACUAUACCAAUUAUUUUAAGGGCAUCCCCCAUUUUAAAGAAUACCGCACCCAGCUGGUUACCACCGAAAAACCGGAGGCUGUUUUUGCAUUGCUGGACGAAAUUGAGAAACGCUUUCAGGGUGUGGACAGUGUACUGGCCUAA